AGUGAUUACUUAAUUGGUAUUACUUUGUGUAUACAUAGUAUUCUGCAAGGAUUGAUACAUUGAUUUUUACACCUAUUCAGGUGAUCUGGUCAGGUAACACAGAUGAGACAGGUAAUACCUAUGUUCCUUGUUGUAAUACCCAUGUACCUUGUUCCUGACAUCAGGUGAUCUGAUCAGGGCGAGGGUGAAGUGUUUGAGAACUUCUUUGUUGGAUAUUAGUGAGGUCUCGUGGGAGGAAUGAAUGCAAUGGAGAAUGGAUGAUAGACUAAUGCAGCAUCAAGAGGGAUAUCUGGGGAUGGAAGAAAUAAGGAAUAUUAUGGCACAGUGUGAUGUACCAUAUUUGACUCCUGCAGACAAUAAUGUUAAGGUUCUUGUUUUGUACAGUAAGGAUUAAUAGCAAACAAAAGCACCUGAACAGUGAACUGCUCCAAUUGACAAAGUUUUGAACCAAGUAUUGGAAGUAGACACCUUCAAACUAUUUAUGUCUCCCUGUCAACUCAAGUUCCAGCUGCUGUCAACCUAUCCUUUAGAAGGAACGGCAGAUUUUUUUAUUUACAGUGUAUGUGACAUGCUCAUUAAAUAAGCAUUUAAAAUUAGAAGCUAUAAUGUGAGAACGAUUGAUCAUAUGUAACCAAUGAGUUUAUGAAUUUUUUAAUGAAGAUAAAAUAUCACUCCAUAUGCCAGGCAGAAACCAGAGAGGUGUUUUGUCAAGUCUGUCAGCUAAAACAUGUCUACACAUAUGUACAUGUUUAGGAGUUCCUUUUUCUGAAGAAGUCAUUGGGAAGAUAUACAGAUUUCUGUACACAGGAAUACUUAACUCUCACUUAUAGAUUCAUAGGGAAGUCAGCUGAUGUAUCUGGAUAAUAAAUGGAGGAUAUCUAGGCUCACAGCUGUCUUCAUCUAGGGACCAUGUGGUAUCGAAAGAUUGGUCUAUAACUGUAUAACAUCAGACUGAAACCUGGUACGACUUCAUAGGAAUGGCUUAUCCGGCCUAGGAACUGUUUAUGGUGUUCAUAGUGGUGCAUUUGACAAGUCAUCCACUCAACCCAGGAAAUAUGCCAACAAUUUGUCAGCUGCUGCUCUAUGGACUCCAAUCAUGUGGAUGAACUGUUAAUUGUAAAAUUGGCCAAAGUGGCAAAAACAAUUUGUGGGCACUAUUUCAUCUUUGGUCUUAUGAGGAAUUGUGGUAGAUAAAACGGAGGUAGUCUGUUCUAAUCCAGGGUCUGUCACAAGAGGCAGUGUGGCCAGAUAUGGAGGAAGCCACUUCAGUGUUAUUAAUUACAGCUAUGUCACAGUGAUGGAGUGCUGCAACAGUACCCCUCUAAUUGUCUCCAUGAAUAUUUAAACAUCUGAGACUGUAUGACUGCUCCACUGUAAAGGACCCCUGAUACACUGUCAUGUUCUGCCAUGUCUGUGGAAUGUUAUGUCAAACCAGAACUCCACAGCAUUGUUCUGUCCCCUUACAGGUUGCUGGACAAACUGCUGGUGGUAUGUCCCAAUGUUGACUACUGUGAGGAGGUCCUCCCCCGCUGUGAGUUGGAGGCCCACCUCCUACACCGGUGUCGAGGUGCGGUCACUAAGUGCAUCAAGUCCACACUGGGCUGUACAUUCCAGGGACCCCGCAGUGCCCUACAGAGCCAUCUGUGGGAGUGUCAGUUCAGGGACCAGGAUGGAGGAAAGAACCCAGUGCUUGAUGGGGAAGUGUCAACCAUUGAAAUCCAAAGGAGUAGGGCGGACCUGGGAAUCAGUAUUGUGGGAGGAAAUGAUACACCUCUGGGCUGCAUUGUGAUACAGGAAGUGUUCCCGGACGGGGUGGUGGCAGAAGAUGGCCGCCUGAUGCCAGGAGAUCAGAUACUGGAGGUGAAUGGUGAGGAUCUGACCCAAGCUUCUCAUUACAAAGCCCAGCAGGUACUGGGCCAUUAUUUCCCUGUAUGUCGCCUCACCAUCUACAGAGAAAAGGCAGAGGAGAAUCGACCAAUUGAAAAAGAGGAAAUUCUCAAGAUAACACUAGGCAAGGUCAAAGGGAAGCAACUUGGGAUCAAACUUGUUGGCAAGAGGAUUGGUCCUGGAGUUUAUAUUCUGAAUUUGGUUCCCGGGAGUCUGGCAGCAUUAGAUGGACGUCUCCGGCCGGAUGACCGGGUGUUAGAGAUCAAUGGCACUGAUGUCUCUUACGGAAGCCAGGAACAGGCGGCCCAGGUGAUUCAGACAACGGAGGAUAGAGUCCAGUUUGUAAUCUCACGAUGCAGUCGCCCCCAGACUCCAGAUCUAAUCCGAUCAACAGCAGACAGCGGAGUUAUCCACCCUAACUACGAGAACCAUAGACCCUUCGCUAGCGUCGCCGGUCAGCAGGGCGAGAAACUUGUAACUGUCUCCAAGGUAUUCAUUUCUCAAGAGCCUCAGGAAACACUGGGAAUUAGCGUAGCUGGGGGGAUCGACAGCCCCCGAGGGGACACCCCCAUCUACAUCACCAAUAUAAACCUGACAGGAUGUCUGGGGAAGACCAGACAGGUCAAGAAGGGGGACAUUUUGUUGUCAAUCAAUGGUAAAAGUCUACUGGGCCUGACCCACAACCAGGCAGUCAGCCUCGUGAAGCAGAACACAGAGGCCAAUGUUAUCUGUUUGAAGAUCAUUGAGGGGUCAGAGACCUCUUACGGACAGGGCAAUUUCACUCCCACUUGGCUGUUUUGGCAAAAAGUCCCUAGUGUCUGUCAAACCAUCAAAACAGUCACACUGCUCAGAAGCCCGAGUGGAAGUCUGGGAUUUUCGCUGGUCGGAGGUUCUGACAAGGACACCGGACCCUCUGUACCAGUCCAUGUCAAGUCUGUUGUCAUGGAAACACCAGCAGCUAAAGAUGGAAGACUGAAGUGUGGAGAUAUUCUGUUGAGUGUUAACCAGCACUCCCUGGUGAAUGUGACGCACUCUCUGGCGGUGGAUCUCCUCAAACAGGCAGAUGGUGCGGUCACUCUCACCGCCGUGUCCUGGCCAGGAACCAUUGUCUGAAAAUCUCUCACCCUAUCUGUGCAUCAUGGCCUGGGACAAUUGUGAAACGAUCUCUUAUCCCCUCUGUGUCAAAACAAACAACUCAGUGGACAGCAGCUUUUACUGAAAAACCUUCAAACGUACAGUUCUAGAAAAAGUCAGUCCUUGGUUAAGGAUGCUACAACUGCCCAAGAGUAUGUGUAUGCUAUUUGUUUUCUUGAUAAAAACCGCUAUGAAAACAUUCUAAUGGUUAUAAUUCAAGGAAGAUAUUAUUUCGUGCAUAAAUAAAUCUUGUGAUAUUUGUUGGAGCAUGUGAGUUGAACUUUGUUGGAUGCCGAGACGUGUGUUUCCGAUAUGAUCCUAUACAUACAGUGACUGUAUGGAUGUAUAUUACUAAUAAUCACUGUGAAUGCCUUAUAAAGGUUGUAUCAUGUGAUAUUUGUCAAUGUUACAGUAUAGUUAGAGAUGCACUGUGAACACAGUGUGACGGUUAUAAUUAUUUUAUGUUUUAACCAAUGCUACUCAGACAGGAAAGCAUGUGUAACCUCAUGGUUGUAAGAUAGGUCUUGUUGUUAAGUUUCUUUUUAAGAUUGUGUUUUUAUUUUAGAAAUUUAAGAUUGUGUUUUUAUUUUAGAAAAAAUAGUGUUCAUUUUUAGAAUUUUUGUACAGAACAAGAAAGAUUGUUUAAGUAUAUCAAAAGCGUUUUUAAUGCUUUGAUUGAUGCCUAGCUUUGACCAUGAAUGAAUAGGCAUGAAUGGUACUUUGUUUGUAAAUAUAUUUUAAAACUUUUGAAGAAACACUUUUGUACUCUCUAAAGACCAAAUCAGAUUGCUUUGAUACUGCCUUCAAUACAAAGUGAACACUGUCACUGCCACACAGCUCCAGAGUAAGCUGCCCACUUCGUGGGAGGGGGGUAUCCCCUCUCCCUCCUGAACACACACUGGAUAUCUUUUUGUAUCUAUAAAACUAGUCCUGGGCACCCCCACACACCUCUCUGACUUCCCCUAUUCUUGUAUUGCUUGUGUAGCUGUAAUUCUAAAUGGCCCCUGCGAAGGAACCACUCACAAACCUCUUCAAGAGCACUCCACCCUAAAUUCCACAGUCUUCUGUUUACCUCAUCAAUGGUACAUAAUUUUCCUAGUAGCCAACACUUUACUUGGAUGUACUGACAUUAACUAGUAUCUAGUACUAGUAUCUGAACAUUUUUAGUAGGUAACUGAUUGUGGUGUGCUAGUUUAUCAUCUGAAAUAUUCUAAAUGUAUUUUCCAGUAGCAGUGUCAGAAAAGUGAUGCAUUUGUUAUGAUUUUUGGAUAGUUUGUCACAAAAAUAUAUGCAGAGGUAUGUAUGACAUACAUGUAGAUAGACUGAGCAGCGGUCUGUCUAUAUACCUUUAUAUUGAUAGCUGCAACACUGGACAAGAACUGUCAGCAGGGUAUGUUGACAAGUCAAACUAGCAUUGACAUGAUGCUUUAAUGGCACAAAACAGAAUGGCAGGUAACCAGGCAAUGACUUGUUUCAAUAUGCAGAUUUCAUAAUUCAUUGUUCUAGUCAUACAAUUUCAUAUCUGUUGAAAUCACUUGAUAUUUUAUACCUAAAGUUUCCUAUUUUAUAAACAUUCUUGAUUUUACAUUUUACUUCUAAUUUAUAAACUUGUUUGAUAUGAAUUAUUUUUAUUGUAAAUGUAGAAAAUAUUAAUUCUGAAAUCUUUUAUCUGUACUAUUCCAUUGGUUAAGAUUCCACUGAAAUGACAUUCCUUUCACUAUAGUGAGUUUUUUUUUUUUGGUGGACUAGCAUUCCAUAUACAGAUACCUUAAUAUUUCGAUAGCUAGCCUGAUUCAACAAACAGGAAGACUACAAAAAUAAUUUUUAUUCUAUGAUAAAAUGAUAUCGAAGAUGAUAUUUUUUUGACUUUGAUAUUACAUUCCUUCGCCUUGUUUGCACUCUCUUGUGAUUCCAAUGAUCUAAUGUCUCUUAAUCUCUGAAUUAUUACGAUUAGAAUAGAAACAUUUUAUGUUUUGGUUGUGUUUUGGUAAUUCUUAUAUAUAAAGUAAUCGUUGAUUACUUCAUUACCAAUAAAUUGAUAAUACAUGUUUA